GCUAAGUGACGGUUGGCGUGUUGACAUUUAAAUACGCUUGUGUUUAAAACCGAUGAACGACUCACAAGAUCUGAAGACCGUUGCACUGAAAGCUGAUUUCUUCUUAGGGGGAGCCUUGCUCUGAAAGAGGGUGUAAUUCUCAUUUUCACCUUAAGGAUGUGUAACUGACGGCAUCCCUCAGAUCCAGAGAGGCUGUGGGGAAAGAGGACUGUCCUGUGGUGCUGCUUGCAGAUUCACUCCUUGAAUUUGUUUCUUGCGGAUUCCGCUACCAACGAGCGAGUCUCGCGCUUCUGUUUAUCGAGGAAGAGUCAUGGAUCAUUCAUAAACAUGCAAACCACUGGAUUAAUUUGAUUCACAUGGUUCUGUGGUUGAACUUAAAGGACUCGUCGGUGGGAAUAAUUAUCCAUAUUUCCAACCUGGCUGCUGGUGAGAGGAGGACUGUUGCAAUGUCAUCCCGUUCAACAUCUUUGGAGCUUUGUGGAAGAGGGAUGCUGGAAUGAAGUCGAGCACUAUGGGGUUUUCCAGGUUGGUUCUUCUGACUCUUCCAGCUCUCCUUACCCUCAUCAAUGUCUCACAUGCGGCAGAGAAAGUGCCCAUACUGAACAUUGCCGUGAUCCUGGGUCAAACACGCUACAUCUCCGAUAGAGAUAUACGGGCUCUGUGGAGCAAAGAUGAUCCCAUUGACGUCAAUGUGGUGACCCUGCUGGUGAAUGAAACAGACCCCAAAAGCAUCAUUACCCAUGUGUGCGAUCUCAUGUCCGGGACUAAAAUCCAUGGGGUGGUGUUUGGGGACGGCACGGACCAGGAAGCCAUCGCCCAGAUUUUGGAUUUUAUUUCCUCUCAGACUUUGAUACCCAUUCUGGGGAUCCAUGGCGGCUCGUCCAUGAUCAUGGCGGAUAAGGAUGUAAAAUCUACAUUCUUCCAGUUUGGGGCCUCCAUCCAGCAGGAGGCGCUGCUCAUGCUCAACAUCAUGGAAGAAUAUGAUUGGCACAUCUUCUCCAUAGUGACCAGCAAGUUCCCAGGCUACCAGGAUUUCAUUGCCAUCCUGAAGACCACAGUCGACAACAGCUUUGUCGGUUGGGACCUCCAGCACACCAUCACCCUGGACGCCGUAGAUGGGGACUCCAAGACCCAGAUCCAGCUGAAGAAGGUGCAGUCUCCAGUCAUCCUCUUGUACUGCUCCAAGGACGAGGCGGGUUACAUCUUGGAGGAGGCCCGAUCACUGGGUCUGACCGGUUUCGGCUACAUCUGGAUCGUGCCUAGCUUGACCACGGGCAACCCAGACAUCACUCCAGAUUCAUUCCCCUCUGGAAUGAUCUCUGUAUCCUACGAUGACUGGGACUAUCCUCUUGAGGCACGGGUUCGAGAUGGGCUUGGGAUUAUAACCACGGCAGCUGCAGCCAUGUUGGAAGAGUUUGGGGAGAUCCCGGAGGCCAAAACCAGCUGCUAUGGCCAAAUGGAGAAAACCAAGCUGCCACCCAGCGCAUUGCACAAGUACAUGAUGAACGUGACUUGGGAUGGCAGAGAUUUGUCCUUCACCGAGGACGGUUACCAGGUGCAUCCCAAACUGGUUGUGAUCGUGCUGAACAAGGACAGAGAGUGGGAAAAGAGUGAAGUAUCCAAGGUCAAUACUCUGCAGCAAGCCGCAGCUCUACCAGUGUGGAAUUUUGAGUGGGCAGCGGCAGAUGCGUUGCUGAGUGUCAGCCGCUUUCAAGCUAGCUAUUUGUUCCUCUCUGCCGCUUUUGAGGGCAGAAAAUCUACUAAGGCUUGUCGCAAGCCUUUCCUCAUCCUCCUGGGGCCUGAAGGUGAAGCCAGAGACCUCCGAUAUUGUGCGGCACUCAUCAACACCACUGAGGGAGGAGGAACGUACAUUAAAAAGUGCUGCAAAGGCUUCUGCAUCGACAUCCUGAAGAAAAUCGCUCGGAACGUGAAGUUCACCUACGACCUUUAUCUGGUGACCAACGGGAAGCACGGCAAGAAGAUCAACAACAUGUGGAACGGCAUGGUGGGAGAGGUGGUGUACAAAAAAGCAGUCAUGGCCGUGGGCUCCCUGACAAUCAAUGAGGAGCGCUCAGAGGUCAUCGAUUUCUCCGUCCCCUUCGUGGAAACAGGGAUUAGUGUGAUGGUAUCCCGUAGCAACGGAACCGUCUCCCCAUCAGCGUUUUUAGAGCCCUUCAGUGCGUCUGUGUGGGUGAUGAUGUUUGUGAUGCUGCUGCUGGUGACUGCAAUGGCUGUCUUCAUGUUUGAGUUCGUCAGCCCCCUGGGCUUCAACAGGAACCUCGCUCAGGGCAAAGACCCCCACGGACCAUCCUUCACCAUGGGCAAAGCAGUCUGGCUGUUGUGGGGCCUGGUAUUUAACAACUCCGUGCCCGUGCAAAACCCCAAAGGCACCACCAGUAAAUUCAUAGUGUCCAUCUGGGCCUUCUUCGCUGUCAUCUUCCUGGCCAGUUACACUGCCAACCUGGCUGCUUUCAUGAUCCAGGAGGAAUUUGUGGACCAAGUGACAGGUCUAAGCGACAAUAAGUUUCAGAGUCCCUACUCCUACUCCCCUCCUUUCCGCUUUGGAACAGUUCCUAACGGCAGCACAGAGAGGAACAUCCGUAAGAAUUACCCCGACAUGCAUCAGUACAUGGUGAAGUACCAUCAGACCGGGGUGAACGAUGCGCUGGUCAGCUUGAAGACUGGCAAGCUUGAUGCCUUCAUAUAUGACGCAGCUGUGCUGAACUACAUGGCCGGUAGGGAUGAGGGUUGUAAACUAGUGACCAUUGGCAGUGGCUACAUCUUUGCUACCACUGGCUAUGGCAUUGCGCUGCAGAAAGGGUCUGCCUGGAAGCGCCCGGUGGAUCUGGCCAUUUUGGCUAUUAUUGGAGAUGGUGAGAUGGAGGAGUUGGAGGCUCAGUGGCUGACUGGGAUCUGCCACAAUGAGAAGAACGAGGUAAUGAGCAGCCAGCUGGAUGUGGACAACAUGGCUGGAGUGUUCUACAUGCUGGCGACCGCCAUGGGUCUCAGCCUCAUUACCUUUGUCUGGGAGCACCUGUUCUACUGGAGACUCAGAUACUGCUUCACUGGUGUCUGCUCGGGCAAACCAGGCCUGCUCUUCACCAUCAGCAGGGGUAUAUGGAGUUGCAUUCAUGGCGUUCACAUCGACAUGAAGAAAAAGUCAUCUGAUUUGGACUUCAGUCCACAGUCCAACAUGCUCAAGCUUAUCAAGUCCGCCAAGCAGAUGACUAAUAUGACCAACCUCAGUGGCUCCAGGAUCAACUCUCCUAAACGUGGCAGUGAGUUCAUGCAUUCGGCGAGCCCCAUGAUCAUGGACAUGAUGGCAGAGAAAGGGAACUUCAUCUACACUGACAACCGUAGCUAUGCCCAAAAGGACAUCUACGGAGACUCCAGCGACUUGCAGGCGUAUCUGGCCAACCGACACAAGGACCAUCUGAACAACUACAUCUUCCAAGGUCAGCAUCCCCUCACCCUCAAUGAAUCAAACCCUAAUACGGUAGAGGUGGCGGUGAGCGCAGACACAGCCCAGACCAAUGCAAAACCCCGAGCUCUGUGGAAGAAAUCUGUGGAUACUUUGCGUCAAACUCAGGGGCCUGAUACCCUAGACCCCCGUUUGUCCAUGAAGAGUCAGAGGUACCUGCCAGAGGACACAGCACACUCGGAUAUCUCUGACUGCUCAAGCAGGGCCACCUCCUACAAGGAUCCAGACAAUAACAAGCACCUGAAGCCCAAGGAUAACUUAAAAAAAAGAUCGAUGACGUCAAAAUACCCUAGGGAUUGCAGCGAAGUAGAGCUGUCCUACUUAAAAAAUAAGCAGGGCGGAGUGGGCCGGGAGAAAAUCUACACCAUAGACUCUGACCGGGAGCUGAGUCUGCACUCAGAGCCACAGCACUACAGGGAAGGCAGAGGCCUAACAACUGACGAUUUGGAUUUCGGCGAAAUUUACUCAGACCACAACGACAAUUACAGGAAAUGCGACCAGCCCAUCAUCCAUCUCAACAGCAGCCCCCUCCAUCAAGGCGAAUCGGACCUUCUGCCGGACAACGUCUACAACAAACACUACAACGUGAAAGAGAAGAACCUCAGUCCUCACGAAAGCAACGACAGGCUUAAACAGACUCAUUGCCGGAGCUGUCUUUCGAAGGUGACCAACUACAGCACGGGGCCGUAUGCCGGCCUACGCUCGCCGUAUAACCGGUGCGAGGCGUGCAUCCACAUGGGCAACCUGUAUGACAUCAGUGAGGACCAGAUGCUGCAUGAGGCCAUGAUCAGCCCUAGCAUGCACCACGAUGACAUGUUUAGCCACUACUGGCCUCAGACAGAUGGGCCACACGUGCAGAGGAGGAACAGACUGAGGCUCAGCCGUCAGCACUCCUUUGACAAUAUCAUGCUUGAGAAGCCCAAAGAAAUUGACCUGAACCGGCCGGCGCGGAGCGUCAGCCUAAAGGAGAAGGACCGCUUCCUGGAGGACAGCCCUUAUGCAAACAUGUUUAACAUCAAGGCUGACAAACUAUUCGGCAGCAAGUCCAUGCUCUUUAACCGAAACCUGGAGGAAAGCAAGCGUAGUAAGUCACUUUACCCCGAUCACCCCUCGGACAACCCCUUCAUGCAAUCUAUACGGGAUGACACUCGCCUGGUCCAUGGCAGGAGCUCCUCGGAUAUUUACAAACAGUUGGCUCCCAUCAAAGCUAGGAACGAGAACAAUCUGAGGUCCUCCGUGAAGUCCGCCACUUCAUACUGUUCCAGGGAUGGUCAAAUACCCAAUGACAUGUACAUUUCAGAGCAUGUAAUGCCUUAUGUCGCCAAUAAGACUAGUGCAUACUCAGCUCCCCGGGUUCUCAACUCUUCGCAGUUUAGCAAUAGACGAGUGUAUAAGAAAAUACCUAGUCUCGAGUCAGAUGUUUAAUGCUUUUUUGUGUAGUUGAACUAUUUACUCACUUAGAAUGCCACAGUCACCUACAUCUACAAAGUACCCGAGAUAUCGCUCCUCUUAUAUGAGAGCUUUCCAGAGGUUUUCAGCAUUUUAAGAUGCUUUCUGGGCAGGUACAGUACUUGCAGAAAGAGAGUUAGUCAAGUGUAAGCCAAUAAAAUGUGAUCCAGCAUGGAAGUUGUUCAUUAUCCCCAUCAUUUGGCCUAGCACUUGUGUGUACUCGAAACGCUAAGUGCUAGGACAGAUGUGCCGCUUCAAGUCCGACCUGAAGCUACUGUGGGCUAAAGCAGAUUCUAGGGUGGGGUUUCAGUUAUUUGGCCCCACGUUGCAUGUGACAAGAGCGUAUAUGUAUCUGAUGGACUGUGGCUGGAAUAGUUCCUGAUCUUAAGGCAAGCAAGGGUAUUUCAUCCAUGGCACUCAGCAAUUGCAUUUUUGCUUUUAUU